CAACAAACACAGCUACACACACAAACACUUUCAUACCAAAUAAAGCUGUUUUGCAAGCAGUUUCUCUCACACCUUGACGUGCACACACAAAAGAAGCAAGUGCACAAAGCCACUCUUGGAAUGUACCGCUUACUCUUCCCAUGAAAUUCAACUGCUUCCUUUAUUUUUCUGAGAUUCUCUACAGGCCUUGAGAAAGCUGAUUUUAUUAGAUUUUUUCCCUUCUUCCCAAUUUAAACAAGGAUUAAAAAGGUUGGGAAUUUCAAUUUGCAGUGUUUUUGGAGGACAACUUUAGAGGACAGCUGAUUGCUAAUUUUUUUCCUUCUUUUUCUGGAUCUGUGAUACAUCUGGGGAUAGCAGAUUAGUUUAUCUGCAAAUAUUUAGUGUCUUUAACCUUUAUAGUUUUAGUAGGACCCAGUUUAACAUACAUUUUAUUACCUCGCAGGCUGGGAAGCAUCUAUUACAGUUAUUCAGCACUUCUUGAACACUUAAGAAAUAGAUGUAACAAGUGUAUAACUAGCAAGUUACAACCACUGAUUGCAUUUUGUAGCUUGUAAAGAUUGUAAUGAAGUUACUUCUAGAAAGUCACUACUCGUUUUAAAGUACAAGUAACUUGAAUUGAGGAGUAUUAGGAGUAGUAUUGUUUUUGUACUGUAGUAUUGUUAGAAGGGGUGCGCUUGUUUUCCUGUUGCUUGCAUGCCCUCCAACAUGCCUCCCCAGAACACAGAGGCUGACACCAUGCAGGUCGGAUCUCUGGUGGGUGGGGUUAGCAGCAAAAACUCCACCGCAUCAGGCUUGGAUGAGGAGAAAGGAGGAGCAGGAGGCGAGACGGAUGGAUUGGGAGGCGGAGGCGGAGCGGCAGAAGGAGGCCGAGGAGGAGAGGAAUCUGCUAGCGAAGGAUCGAUCGAAGGGAUUCCUUUAAAGCGAUGGGUGAUGCACGGAGCCGUGAUGUUCGGUCGGGAGUUCUGCUACGCCAUGGAGACAGCGCUGGUGACGCCUGUGCUGCUGCAAAUAGGUCUUCCAGAGCAGUACUACAGUCUGACGUGGUUCCUCAGUCCAGUUCUUGGACUCUUGUUCACUCCUCUGAUCGGCUCGGCCAGUGACCGCUGCACUCUGCGAUGGGGCAGGAGGAGACCGUUCAUCCUGGCUCUCUGUAUAGGAACACUGAUUGGAGUGGCUCUGUUUCUGAAUGGAUCACUGAUAGGUCUGUCACUCGGUGAUGAGCAGGGGAGACAACCAAUAGGGAUUGUUCUUACUGUGCUGGGUGUGGUGGUGCUGGACUUUUGUGCGGAUGCCACAGAGGGACCAAUCAGAGCAUACCUGUUAGACGUGGCAGACACAGAGGAGCAAGACAUGGCACUGAAUAUCCACGCCGCCUCUGCAGGUCUAGGCGGCGCAGUCGGCUACGCGCUUGGAGGUUUGGACUGGACGCACACGUUCCUCGGAGCAGUCUUCAAGUCGCAGGAGCAGAUCCUCUUCUUCUUUGCAGCCAUCCUCUUCUCUGUCUCCGUGGUGCUGCAUCUCUUAAGUAUCGAGGAGCAACAGUACUCGCCACAACACGACAGGCUCGAGCAGGAAAGUCUGGAUCCUGCCCACCUUCAAACAUCGGCCAAUGGCAGGGCUGGACUUCUCGGCGCCAAAUUAGAAAUGAUCGGUGAGGAUGAUACGGUAGAGAGCUACGACCUCUAUGACCCAUACGAAGAUGACCAGUCAGAGCAUGGAGACAUGGACUUCCUAGAGGCGGAGCUUGUGAGAAGUAAAAGCGAUAGCGUCCUCGCCAUGGCAGACGCAACCCUCGAUCACCUCGACCACGAUGCGAUGUUCUUGUGCCACAUAGAGCCUUCCAUCUUCGCCGAUCACCUCUCGCCCUAUCACGGCUCACCCUCCACGACCGCUUCCUUCUUCAACCCCAAUCGCAGCACCCCACCCCCCCGAUUCGCCAGCAUCAGACGCAGCAGCAGCACGGGAAGUCAAGACUUCCUCCGCCCCCAAAACAGCAGUAAUCAAAUGAAUGUUACCACCCCCAGGAUUUCCCGCCUCUCAGCUUUCCUGCAAGAAAUGGAAAACGACGACGGGCAGGAGGCGCUGCUGAACAACCAACUCAACGAGCAGCGGACGCUGAACGGGCGGCUGUUAGCCAGCGUUACUAAUACUGACAGACUUGGCACUAACAGGCUGAGCUCCAAAGGACAGGCACACCGUGCUGGAAUGGUCAAAGCUGCCAGUACUGGAGCUCCUAUGAGACAGUCACGCCACCGCCACACCUUCUACCGCCAGCCGUCCUGCACUUUUUCUUACUACGGCCGCGUGGGUAAUCAUCGUUACCGCUACCGCCGAGCCAAUGCAGCUUUUCUCAUCAAGCCGUCCCGCAGCAUGAAUGACCUGUACGAAGUGGAGGCCAGGCACAGGAGGAGGAACAGGCAGAGGAACAGACACCGCAGCGGGAACACCAACUCCUCCAGCGGGGACACGGAGAGUGAAGAGGGCGAGGUUGAGACCACCGUGCGCCUGCUGUGGCUCUCCAUGCUAAAGAUGCCCCAGGAGCUGCUGCGGCUUUGUGCCUGUCACCUGCUCACCUGGUUCUCCAUCAUUGCAGAGGCGGUCUUCUUCACCGACUUCAUGGGACAAGUCAUCUACCACGGAGAUCCUAAAGCUCCUUCUAACUCGACCUUAUUGGAUAACUAUCACAAAGGAGUUCAGAUGGGAUGCUGGGGCCUGGGUAUAUAUGCCAUGACUGCAGCUACAUGUUCAGCUAUUCUUCAAAAAUAUCUCGACAACUUUGACUUGAGCAUUAAGGUUAUCUACAUCCUGGGUACACUUGGAUUCUCCAUAGGAACUGCAGUCAUGGCAAUUUUCCCUAAUGUGUACGUGGCCAUGGUGAUGAUCAGCAGCAUGGGCAUCAUCUCCAUGAGUAUCUCCUACUGUCCUUAUGCUCUACUGGGACAAUAUCACGAAAUGAAAGCGUAUAUCCAGCACAGUCCUGGCAACUCUCGCAGAGGCUUUGGCAUCGACUGUGCCAUCCUGUCCUGUCAGGUGUACAUCAGCCAGAUAUUGGUGGCCUCAGCUCUGGGUUCUGUAGUGGAAGCUGUUGGCAGCGUUCGUGUCAUUCCCAUGGUGGCCUCUGGGGGCUCCCUCCUUGGAUUCUUUACUGCCUGCUUCCUGGUUAUUUAUCCAACUCCAAACAACGGGGACGGGGAAUCAGCCAAAGCUUCAGAGAAACGGACUUUGCCAUCGCUGGAAAAUCCCAAUAGCGGCGAAGGGGCUGUUACCGUAGUGAUUGAGAAACCCAGCUUCCUGAAACUCAACAAGGAGGGGAAGGCCACCAGCACUACUGCUUCCUGUCAGGUGGAAAAUGAGUCUGCUCUGUGAUUGGCUGACUGCGCCGACAGACACUUUGCUGCAGAAACAACUUGAUUUGUUAUUGCUGAUGGAAAAGACUCGAAGGUGUGCCUUGAUGUCCACUCUUGGCGUUUGUUCUGGCUUUAACAGGGUUUUUAUUUUUUAUUUUUAAUGUCACACUGAAGAAAACAUCACAGUCUACCGUGGGACCAGCGUCACAUUAGACCAACUUACCCAACAAAAGUCAUUCUGGUCCCAGUGCCACUUCAGCUGUUGACGAAGUUCCUUCCACUUAUCCCUUACGGACUUUUGAUCAAUCCGUCAGGGUCGUCCAGGAUUGAGUAAUUAAUUGGCCGUCGUUUUAAGGAGAGGUUGUCUCCUGUCUCUCAGGGCCUCUAGGAGGUGCUACUGAGCAGCCACCUGGACAGGAAACUUCAGGGGACUCACAUACAUACUCACACACUCACAUUUCCUCAUCUAAGUUCAACACAAUCGAAUGAACACCCUAAUAAUGAACUCUAUUGAUGAACAUUAGUCCUUGAAGCUGCAAUCAUUACAAAAUGCUGAAAAUCGUUCUUCCGCACUGUGGAGUCAGGUUGAUUGAGUUUUUGCUUCGUGAUGUGGACGCUGAUUUACGAGAAUGUGUGUGUCUGCUGACUUAAAACACCAAAACAACCCCAACAACACAGUCGGCUUUGCGGGACAUUGCAGCGACACUAGCUUUAAGACUCUAAAGACUUUUGGAAGUGGCAUUUUUUGAAAUCGCAAGCCCGAAGCCUGGUUCCUGGGGAAUUGGUUGACCAUAAAAUUGAUGCUGUUGCCCUCUUUCAUAUGGCAGGACUGACAAAAUCUUUAAUUCAGCCUUCAACGCGGGGGAAAGAGGACAAUAAUCCAGAGGAUCUGCUCAGAAAUAUUGAGCAUGAGAAUAAAGUCGCAUGUAUAUCGAACGAUAAAACGACAGUCAAAACAUACGCAUGUUUACCGGGUGAAAUUCGACAAGCGUGAAAGUAAGAGCCUAGAUGCAGUGUGUGCAGUAUAUGGGGCAUUACAAUCAAAUAUUGUUUUCAAGAUUUAGUGAGGAACCACAGUGAUGUUUCUGUUUGUUUUGACUAAUCAAACUAACCUAUGCUGCAUGUUAGACUAGCUGAGGAGCGACAAACCAAACACCAGAGAGGAAGAGAAAAAGGAAACCGAGUUGUUCUCCUUUUCUUUACUUUUUCGCUUAUUUUUUUGUUUGUUUGUUUUAAAAAAGAUACUGUCAGCAUAAAGUUUGCCACUCACUGCACAUUGUUGGAAAAGAAAUGUCACAAGGUUCAGCUAGAACAGCGUUACCUUUUGGAUUUGGGGUUCUAAUAUUUUUUUAUGGAUGCUAAAUUUUAUGGAAAUGUUUAAAAAAAGGCAAACAAAUCUCCAUUGUGUUGACAGGAGUCAUUUAUGACAACAGUUUAAGGCUUGUUGCGUAAGCUUCAAGAGAAGGUCAUAGCCCUGUUGUGGGUCUUUCCACAUCACCAAAAGAAGAACAGAGUAGAUUCUAUAUUUUUCAAAGCAGACCCGGACCCGGUUUUAAGCUCUGUAACUUUCACAGAACAAAAGAUAGCACCAAGAAUUUAGAGUUUCACUAAUUUUGAUUGAAGUGUUGUGACAUUUAUUUUACAAUACAGUCAAAAGGCUUUGGGAAAAAUGGUUAAAUCUGCUACGGUAGCCACAGCAAAGGAAGCAAAACUGCCGAGUUUAGCAAUCCUUAAAGCCGGGAUAGAUACGAAGACCUUGAUGACUGAGUGUGCGAUGACGUUAAACGAUCUUAAUCUUCUGAAUGUUUCUUUAGCUGAUUAUGCUGGACAUGUAAAAAGUCAUUUUAAAGUGUUGUGUUGUUUGUGCCCCGAUAAAUCAGGCCUUUAGUUGCAAUAAGGACCCUUGUUGAUCAGAGUACUGUGCAGAGCUUGUGCAGGCUGAGCAGGGUUGUUGGUGGUGGUGCAUAUUUUUGGGUCAGUUUUCCUUUCAUUUCAAUCAGCUGAAGCAAGCAGCUUGAAGGGAAACAAAAUGUAAAUUGCAGUGGGGGUGGUGACUAAAUGGAAAGAACUGUUUGUAUGUAUGAACGUAUGUAAAGCAUUUAGUGGAAAAGGUGUUUUUAUUUUGGGGUUUUUUUUCAACUUGAGCGACUUUAGAAGAGAAUUCAGAGGAUGGUUUUUUUGGAGGGGGGGAUGUGUUUGUGAUUUUUCACUCAUGUGCAAAGUUUAACAUUUCCUUCCAUACUUUCAGGUACAUUGAAUCAGAGAGUAAGAUAAAACGUUGCUAAGAUUGGAUGUUUUAAAAAACGGCCCCCUGCAGCCAUUAGCGCAAUAAAAUAUUCUGAAUAAACAUAAAAAAAUAAUUUAAAAAAUCAACUUUGGGGUUAUGGAGCUUUGCAUGCGACGACAACGAUAUGCAUGUUCAGAACACCAAAGUAUGACUGUACAAAUCACUCGAGCUCUUUUCUUUAAUCGUAAUAGGUCAGGGAUGUAUUUUCUAAUGCACGGCUGGAUGUUUGUGUCUUUUUGUUUUCGUUUGAACUUAAACGUGUUAAAAAAAAAGAAUUAAUCGCAACAUGUACUCUUUAAGCUGAAGCAUUGUGCUUGGUCUGGGUCAGUACACUCCUAACAGGUGAGCGAGUUUUAAACAUCCACUUUAUCACUUUUCAAGCUGGAAAGUGAAGAAAUGUGUUACAGGAUGAGACGUCCUUCAUUACAAGUGUAGGUUAGAGACUCCUGGCCGUGAAUACUUGAAGUGCAACUAGAGUGUUUCUGUUCCAAUGCAGUGAGGAAGUAGUUGAUUUUAUGGGGAAGGGGGG